CCGGGCGCGGAUUGGGCGCACCUACGUCCAUUGCGCUGCUGCCUUGCGUGUUUCCGCUUCCGCAACCGCUAAAGCUCUUUUGAGUGUUUACCGAGGCAACGCGACUUUUUUCAAAUCCUCCUCAGCAUCAUGUCGGGCGGCCUCUUGAAGGCACUGCGCAGCGACUCCUACGUGGAGCUGAGCCAGUACCGGGACCAGCACUUUCGGGGUGACAAUGAAGAACAAGAAAAAUUACUGAAGAAAAGUUGUACAUUGUAUGUUGGAAAUCUUUCCUUUUACACAACUGAAGAACAAAUUUAUGAACUCUUCAGCAAAAGUGGUGACAUAAAGAAGAUCAUUAUGGGUCUGGAUAAAAUGAAGAAAACAGCAUGUGGCUUCUGUUUCGUGGAGUACUACUCAAGACCUGAUGCAGAAAAUGCCAUGCGUUUCAUAAACGGGACACGUCUGGACGACAGGAUCAUUCGCACGGACUGGGAUGCAGGAUUCAAGGAGGGCAGGCAGUACGGGCGCGGGCGAUCUGGAGGCCAGGUUCGCGACGAGUAUCGGCAGGACUAUGAUGCUGGAAGAGGGGGCUAUGGCAAACUGGCACAAAAGCAGUGAGUGAGAGCCCCAUCAGUGCAGAGAUUCCUUCCUUCGGACUGCUGAAAAGGUUACCAGAAUCAUUUUGUUACCAGAUCAAAAAGUAUGUUCUAUGUGGCUGGGAAUGGAGCUCAGUGGGGAAAAAAAGAGAAAAAAACACCAAGUUCCUCAGCAGCAGAUUUCACCUACGAUCUGUCAGCCAAAAGCUACCAUGCUUCUAGAAGGACAAGAAAAAUGUAAACAUCCAUUUUCUGAUGCUUGGGUCUAAAGAGGCUCAUGAUCUACACUGGGACUUGCAAUGAUUCUUUUUUAAAGUUGAAGUUUGCAUGAUGUAAAGUUAAGAUAAAAUGGGAAUUUUGCUAUGUUGAUAUGUAGCUUUACUGUAAAUUAGGAAAUGUCUGACAACCGGAUUGUUUUCUGUGUUGAAUUCUGAUUUCUAAAGGCAAACUUUGGCCUUUGUAAAUAUUUGGCACAAAAGCCAGAGGCCUCCGAGGACCCUCCCCACUUCGUGCUUUACUUUCAGGAAAUGGUGCAGGACUUCAGUUCUGCUAAAUACAUUUUUCAAAAGAUGUAAUGUUUUGCCUAAAGCUGAAAAGAAAGUCUUAACACGAGAUACUCAAAAAAUUUAUUUUGCAUUUGUAAAGUAACAGAUGAUUUAUGUGUGAGCAUCCUUUUUCUUAAUUAGAAAAAAAUACAAAAUGUUUUCAUCCAGCAACAGUGUAUCUUCUGAUACGCAAUAGUAUGUGAAGGUUGCCCUGAGUACUCCCCUGUGAACAUCUUUCACUUUAGAGUAUUGUGGGUUUUCUCAUUCAAUUCCCAACUGGUUGUUGGAGUUUUUAAAAAAGCUGUUAACAGUUGCUAAGUAGGAAGAAACCACUUAAAACAUGUUUUUAUUCUGAUUUGAACUAAUUUAUAUUCUUCUGUAGUAAGAUACACUUCAGAUUUCUAAAGGCCUUAAAACCAAAGACAUUGGUUCCUAAAUUGUCUUUUGUAACAAGAUUACAAUAAAGCUGGACCAACUUACUGUC